GACGUUGCAUGCGGAUGUGCGUUUCGGCGCGCGAGCGGCGUUGACUAAAGAACGUGCUGUCGUCAACGCCGAUCGUAGUGGAGUCGGUUUUUUGCGGUUUUUGGUUGGUUUUAUUCAAAUGAGAACGAAAAGAAAGUUAGUUUCUUGUUGAUUAGUGUUUUGUUUAUGUUUUGGGAAUGAUUACGAACGAUUUUAAUAAGGAAUAGGAUUUUAUCGGAUUUUUACAACACAAAAGCAUCGCUGAAAAGGAAGAAAAAUUCGGACGACCGAAGUCAUCUCGUUGCGAUUAUGAAGGAUGAACAUAAAGAAAUAACUACUGAAGUACACAUGAAUGGGAUCAAAGGAGGUGGAUGUCCUGGGGCUGGAGGUGAUACUGCCACAUCAGAAGAUCAAACGCCACCCCCCUCUCGUACAGUUAAUGGAGAUGGACGAGUUGCAUUAAAUGCUGGAGAUAAUACUUCUGAUAGUGCCACGUCAGGUGUUGGUGAUUGUAAAAAUGAUGAGAAAAAGCAAACAGCAAAUGUUCAGGCUUCCCAAAAUAAAGUAAAUAAUCGUAAACCUGUCAUUGCAAACAUACCAAAAUUGCAAGCUCGACCACCCUAUAAUGCCAAGACUCGAACAUCUUGUGCAACUGUGUCCUCUGGUGGCACCCCCACUGCCAACCCAUAUCGAACUCAAGGGUGCUUAAAUCCAUAUAUAACUCGUUACCCUACUCCAUUGGCUGCACCACCAUAUGGAAGUUAUCCUCAACCUGCUGCGUAUUCAUCGACGAGGGUUCCCGCUGCUUCGCCGCCAGUAUUUGGCACUGGGACGCCUGUCUCCGGUUCCCAUUCUGGUUCCGGGUCGGGGUCCGGCUCGGGAUCGGGAUCUGGAUCAGGUGGCGGAAGCGGCAGUUCUUCCGGUGGAGAACAACUCAGCAAAACCAACUUAUACAUUAGAGGUUUAACACAGAACACCACUGACAAAGACCUGCUUACCCUCUGUGCUCCAUAUGGAAAUAUAAUAUCAACUAAAGCAAUACUGGAUAAAAAUACCAAUAAAUGUAAAGGUAAGUAAUUAAUUUUUUUCAGGUAUUAAGAUAAUGAAAUGUUUUUUAUUUGACCUUACAUUAAAUCCACUUUUUAAAUAUAUUGUUGG